CAAACUGCAAACAGAUGCACCCAAAGAUCUUCCAUUAGGGUCAAUUAAAAAUCAACUAUAGAUCACUUUGAUUUCGCAUAUAAAGCGCACAGUUUCCUGGCCCAUCUGAAUCACAGUCAAAGAUAAUGUCGAGUACAUCGGAGCCUCUGCCGCUUUAUCUUACAUCGCAGUUCUUCAGACGCUCCUUAGAGCAUGGACUACAACAACAGGACAUCAAAGUGCUCGAUGUCCAGUUAACGGAUCUAACGCGUGGCGGAGAGAACUACUGCAGUAACAUCUAUCGAGCUCACAUCAAAUACCAGACUACGGAUCGACAGCUGAUAGAAUGCUCGCUGAUUGUCAAGUGCAUGCCACCUGAGAAGCAGGCGAUUCUGUCUCGUCUGCACAUCUACAACAAAGAGACCAUCUUCUACAUGCACAUCAAGCCAAAGCUGGAGGCACUCAUGUGGGGGGUAAAGGACAGCGAAGAGCCAUGGAUCUUGGGUGCCAAACAUUAUUACUCAACAACACAACCUGAGCAGACAAUGAUCUUUGAGGAUCUCUGCUGCGAUGGCUAUCAGUUGAAGUGCCGUCAACUUGGCUUGGAUGCAGCUCAUGCACUGCUUGUGAUGCGCAAGUUGGCUCAAUAUCAUGCUCUUACCAUGGUCAUGGCAGAGAACGAACCCGAGACAAUCAUAGAUCGUUAUCCAUUUGGAUUGCUGCACAUGGAUGCCAUCAAAUCGGAACCCUUCAAACUGCUCUUUGGUACUCAGUUGCUUAAGCUGGCUGCGUUGAUUAAUGAUUGCGAUGGAUUUGGGCCAAUUACUAGGAAACUCUAUCGCUACCAUGAGCACUUCACGGAGCGAGUCUUGAAGUCAGUUUAUCCAUUGCGUGGUGCGUACAAUGUUCUCAAUCAUGGAGAUCUUUGGGUGAAUAAUAUAUUCUUCAAGUACGAUGAACAAUACAAGGUGCAAAAUGUCCGAAUUAUUGACUUUCAGCUGUGCUUCUACGGCAGCCUGGGCUUCGACAUCAACUACUUUCUAAAUACCAGCCUGGAACUGGACGUGCUAAGAACUCAACGUCAAGAGCUAAUCGAUGCUUAUUACGAUGCUUUGGUGGACAGUUUGAAGCAGUUGCCUUGGAGCAAACCUCUGCCUGAAUAUGAAGAGAUCAUGGCUGAGAUUCGUGCCAGGGAAGCAUAUGGAUUCUUUGUAGCCUUUGGCUUCUUUCCGCUGAUGAGCAUGAUUGGCGUCGAUUCGGAGGAUAAUUCAUUGAAGAACUUCCACGAUGAGGAAUUCGCUAGACAGAAGGUGCAGCUCAUGUUCGAGGGCAAUGCACGCACUCUGGAGAGUCUCAAGUUCACGUUGAAGCGUUUAGAUGACUUGCAAGUGUUUGAUUGAAGGAACGAUUGCAUAUGAUAACGAUUAUUACUCGUAGUAGUUGUAGAAUAACUGUUGCAUGUGCGACAUUUUCAAUUCAAAUGUAAUAAAAAUUGCCACACUUAAAUUGCCCCCAUUUAAUUA